AUGAGGUCACACCCGGGACAGUACUGGGUCGUAGCUUCGGCAGCUCUAUUUGGUAGUAUUGCCGGUAUCACGAUCAACCCAGGCGUGGACUCCGACAUCAUAGCCUCUGGUGCAAUUCAAGAUUCUCGCAUUGAAAAUGUUGUGUCAGAGAGGUAUAGAUAUCCAAGCCCUUUUUCAUCCGGGACAUUCACAAACGGACCCCCGGGGCUUGAGGCCGGCGCUAUAUUAACCACUGGCCUUGCAAACCAGGCACCGUCUGAUGCCGGUAAAGCUCUGAAUGUAAACUUCGGCUACUCAAUGAUGACGCCGGAUGGAUGCGUUCUUCCCACGGUAUCCUACGAGCAUGUGUUGAUAGACUUUACCUUUGACAUUCCCCCUAGCGUGUCGGGUAUCAAGGUUAACCUCCUCUUCGCUUCUCAAGAGAUCACGAUUUCUAGCACUACAACAUCCAGCGAGGCCACGAGCAUCACAGCAUCCAGCACGGCUUCUAGCACCACAACUUCCAGCACAACGUCUGGUUUUACGACUUCCAGCGACAGUUCAACCGGCGGCUCAUAUCUCGCCAACCGCUUCUUCGUCGUCCUUUUCAACAAGGCCAUCUUCCUUGGGCUCAGCUUCAACAGUCUUAUCCUCGAGAAUUUCAUCCUCAAUCACAUUGACCUCCAAACCGCUAUCAACUGCUACGCUGUCAGUCUCGUCAACACCGCCUACAUUGCCCAGAUCAAUAGCCAGGUCGCUCAGUAG